AGGCCCAGCCGCAGUCGCAGCAGCAGCAGCAGCAGACACAAAGAAGAGGGACUGUUGGCCGGGGUGGGGUGGGGGGUUCCGCUAUGUCGGAUGACGAUUCGAGGGCCAGCACCAGCUCCUCAUCUUCAUCGUCCUCCAACCAGCAGCCCGAGAAGGACACGAGCACCCCCAAGAAGAAGGAGAGUAAAGUCAGCAUGAGCAAGAACUCCAAACUCCUCUCCACCAGUGCCAAGAGGAUUCAGAAAGAGCUGGCCGACAUCACUCUCGACCCACCGCCCAACUGCAGUGCUGGUCCCAAAGGCGAUAACAUCUAUGAGUGGAGAUCAACCAUUCUAGGACCUCCAGGAUCCGUGUAUGAAGGUGGUGUGUUCUUCCUUGAUAUCACUUUUACACCAGAAUAUCCUUUCAAGCCUCCAAAGGUUACGUUUCGGACAAGAAUCUAUCAUUGUAAUAUUAACAGUCAAGGAGUUAUUUGCUUGGAUAUACUGAAAGAUAACUGGAGUCCAGCAUUAACCAUAUCUAAAGUCCUCCUUUCUAUCUGCUCACUUCUUACAGACUGUAAUCCUGCCGACCCGCUGGUGGGAAGUAUUGCCACUCAGUAUAUGACCAACAGAGCAGAACAUGACAGAAUGGCCAGACAGUGGACCAAAAGAUAUGCUACAUAAAUGGGGUUUUCAUAAAUCUUACAUUAUUUGUCUGCCACAGAAAGAGCUGCUUAUGAUUUUGAAAGGGUGGGGGAGGGUGGGAGUUGGUAAAGAGUAGGGUAUUUCUAUAACAGAUAUUAUUCAGUCUUAUUCCUAAAAUUUUUGUUGUAACUUAAGGUAUCUUGCUACAGUAGACAGAUUUGGUGAUUGCAACUCUUAAAACUCAUUAGUUCUGCAAUAUUAGCUGAAACUUAGUACAGAGAAGACCAAACAUUUGGGUUUGGUUGCUUGUAGUCUGUAAAUUUCAAACAGCCUAUUUUGUGCAGAUUACAUAUACAUACACAGCCAUUUAUGUGAAGACCUUCCACAGCCACACUCUUGCGAUUUGUUUUCCUUUCUUUGAUGGAAACGUUUUAGAGACUGUCAUUUCAUAUAUAAUAAAAUGGACACAUGGCUGUCAGACACCAUAUAGGAGAUUAAUUGUAUAUUUUAUUUUAUAAACCAAUCUACUUUAUUGUGGAAAUAUUAGAGGUUUGAUCAGGACUUGUGAAAAACCUGUAGUAAAAUACCUUAAGCUGUUAACUGUAAAGCGUGGACUAGACUUAUUCAGUGGAUUGGUUAUAUGUUGUGGACUACUUAAGUCUGCAUUUGUUACUGUGCUAAUAAACAAUAUUAAAACAACCAA